UUUGUUAUUCUUUCACGAUAAUGUGUUGUAUAAUGUCAAAUGUGUGUGUGAGAGAAAGAAAGAGAGAGGUGUAGUUUUUGUAUUCCACCACUAGAUGCUGCUGUAGGGUACUCUGCCAUGACGUCACACCAGGAAGGAGUUCAGCACCCCCACCUGGCAGCUACUACGACAACCACUCUCAUCAGUGCUCCACGUGUGUGUCUGCAUGUUACUGCUGCCAAGAUGAGCUGCACAUGGAAGUGUAAGAAACCCCUGUUAUUGUUAUCAAUCCCAACAUUUGUACAGCAGCCAUUUUAGCAGAAAAAGCACAGUAACUGAUCACAUUAAUGAUGACGACAUGGUCCUCCUAAGGUUUCUUACAACCAAACCAAUAACAGACAUUUAGAGCCUAAUGUACCCUUAAAAAUUGAAAUGAUCAACUGUGAUUGCAGCGUGUUUUCCAUACAACAUUUGCAUUUGGUUGUAUUUUGGUUAUAUUUUUACAACUAAAAGAGAACGUUCUGAGAGGUUUGUAUUUCAACCCACUUCAACAUUUUUUUAGAUACUGUUAUAAAAGGUGUGCAGUUGUCAAAUUAACCUUUAGGUUAAAAGGUUAUAUCUUACCUUUUUUUUUUUUUACAGACAUUUCAAAUAUGAACCACAGAGGAAUAUUAUUGAUACCCCGCUUUUUCGAUUUGUAUAUUUGGGUUGGUGAAAUUAGUCAUUUAAUAAAUAUGAAAAUAAAUCUUUAAGGAGUAAUUUGUUUACUUAAGGUUGUCUUACUGUCCCAAUCCAGUCAGUUCAUGUGAGUCAGGACAGUGUGACAGUGAAACUUGAGGAAACAAAAUGGAACUCAGCCAUCAUUCAUUUGAUGAUUCACACACUUUGACCUGUCAAAAUGGCUGCUGUGUAAAUGAGCACUACACCCAUGUUCACUGUGUGACCUUUAUACACUUGUAUUCAUUGAAUUUAGAGAGUAAUGCACAGUAUUUCUGACUUAUUUCUCCACAAUGAUGUAGCUGUGACAGUUUAGUUUUCUCAGCAGUAGGUGAGUGGUGCAGCUGUCCGUAUGCUCAUAUUUACAUCGAUGCCACAUGCAAAUAAUUAAACUGUGGACUCGAAAAGUCUGAUAGUCUUACGGGCCUUUGUUGAAUAAAUUCCCGGCGAAAAAAAACAAAAAAAAAAAUUCUGAGUCUAAUAUGAAACUUUGUAAGGGUGGAAAAUUUCCACCAACAUUCACAAGGAGGUUAUACACACACGCACCUCUUUUUCAUGACAUUUACUGUCAACCAGUGACAAUAUAAUGACCUUUAUUUCAGGUUGAGAUUAGGAUGUUUAUGCUAUUGAAAGUUGAUUUAUAUUCAAUUAAAAAAAAAGUUUUCUUUUGAUCCCUGGCAUUUUCACAAUUCCUCUUUUCCCUUAUUACUUUUAUGAUGAUUAUUAUAAACUUCCCACAGUAAUUUCCAAUGUGUCAAGACCACACGAGAGAGCACAUUGUGUCUUUUCUGAAUAAAUGUCCCUUUAUGUGUUUGUUCCCCUGGUAAGUACGGGCAUGAAGGAGAAGUGUGAGUGGUGUUUUUUUUAAUUGCACUUUCAAUGUCAUGGUGGCUGCUUAAACUCCAUUGAUAACUCAGCCUUUCACCGCCACUGAGAAACAAAGAAAAAGUUCAUCUGGAUUUAUUUUUAUUUGGUUUAAUAAGGAUUAAAAUAUCAUUUGUUAGGUCCUGAAAAAACGCCUGAGGUCACUUGAGGUUUAGAGUAAACUCAACAACAUAAUCAACAUCAUAAUCUUGUAUUCUUUUUUUUCUUCUUCUCCCCCUGUAUUGUGUAUGCAUCCUAGUUAAAACAUAAUUUGACUAAUCAGCUUUUCCUCCUCAUUCUGUGUUUUCUUUUUACAGACUCCACUCGUGUUUUUUGGACGCCGUUAAAUGCCAAGUAUUAGAAAUGUCUGCCCUUGCUCAAGCUCUUUAAAAAAAUCGCUGUGAUGGUAGAACAUGUUUUUGUGUGGGAGGACUGUUCUGCCAAGCAAAGCUGUUUUGGUCCUGAUUUUUUCUUUUUUUUUCUUUUUCAUCACUAGAAAAUCAAGUCCUCUCACGACCAAAUGCUACCUCAUGACAGGGCAAACAAGAAAGUAAUACACAAGCAAAGGGGCACGGCGGCUUUAGACUUGGACGUUUAUGCAUCAAUCAAACACACAAAAGAGGUGCAAUUCUUCCCGACAACACUGUGUACUAUUGUGAAUAUUUAACCUCGUCAAGCUGUACAUUUUCUAUAAGAUUCCCCAUGAUUCAAUGAGGGAAUUCUACAGGUGUGGGUCAGGGGAGCCCCGUCGGCAUUUCCUCAAUGCCCAUGAUACCACACGUCGCCUCACCUUACGCUGCAGCUGCUGUGGUGCAAGCAAAGCAGAGUGUGAUGGUGCAGCUCUGGAAAUUACCACGAGGUUUAGUGAAUGUUCGCGACCCAGUCAUCCAUGUUCAAGUUCAGGGAUGCGCUGUCUCUUGAGGAUUCAGUCGAAACAGGACAUCUCAUGUGUUGAAAAAGAGGAAGAGGGGACUGGCCCCGGUGCCUGUCUCACACACACACACACACCACAGUAAUGACACUUAAUUUAACUUGCACCCCUUAACCCUAUCUGAGCCCUAAUCUAAUUGUAGCCCGACCCUGAGGAAAGAUAAUCGCAGAAAGAAAUUGAAUUAAAUGACUUUAUUUGGUGCAACUAUUUGGGUAAAAUUAAACCAAAGUUUAAUAACUUACUUUAUAUUUUCAAGCUUAUAUAUUUAUAUUAUUGUGUACAGCUUUAAGUACAGUUUGUGUACAGUUUUAUUCUUUUUAUUCGUAGGUACCGUUUUCUGUAUUCUAAUCUACUUCACUUCUUAUUGUAUUUACCUUUAUUUCCAUCUUUGCUUUAAAUUUAGAUGAUCAUUUUCACCUUGUUUUUAGCACAAGAGGGGGACGAGUAAAGAAAUCUUGCAAUGAAGUUACGUAAAAGUGAGUUCACGUUAUUGCAGAACUGAAUUUCAGUAAGUGUUCCCCUCAUUUCUUAAUGUCAGUGUAAUCCUUAAACGACACCUUUAUCACCACAAUGCCCAAAUGUCCUCACAAUUGUCCUCAAAACCACAGAAAGACGUAUGAAUACUCACACAUAUGUCAUGAGUAAAGUUUAUCUCUCGGUUCAGAGGAAGGGUGAGUAUUAGAGACAGGUGAUAUCCACCCAUAUUUAUUCUUAUUGUUACUUAAAGUGCCACUGUGUUGUUUUUCUGGAGUUUACAAGAUUAGCCUUGGGUGUUUGAACUUUCCAUCAGACAUGUGACUUCCAGUCUAAUGCAACUUACCCAAAUUCUUACCAGAAGCCACAUCAGAUACAGAUAAUUAGGUAGACAUCUAGUCUCACAGUGUAUAUGUGUCAGAGAGAGAGAGAGAGUGAGAGAGAGAGAAGGAGGAGGGACAGAAAGAGACAGAAAAAGAGGAAGGAGUCUCAUUUCUCACAGAGUGGUAAACUUCUGAGCAACUUGUUCUGCCACACGGACUCUCUCUCUCUCUCUCACACAGACACACACACACACACACACACACUCUCUCUCUCUCUCUUUCACGCACACACACACACACACUCGUAUACGGCACACACAUCCCCAAAAAACACAAAGCAGAAGUGGAUAAAGACACAAGGUUUCAGUCACUGCAGUCAGCGAUGGCUCAGGGCUCUGACAGCAAUGACACAACUUACAAGUCCCCUUCACCUGGUAGCAGGCCGAGCUCGUCAGAUGAUGCAAAGAAGGUGAUGCGGCGGGAGAAGAACAGGAUUGCUGCUCAGAAGAGCAGGAUGAGGCAAACUGAGAAAGCUGACAAACUACACUUGGAGAGCGAGAACCUGGAGAAGGAGAACGCGGCUCUGAGGAAGGAGGUGAAGCAGCUGACCGAGGAGGCCAAGUAUCUGUCGUCUGUGCUGAGCAGCCACGAGCCUCUGUGCACCGGCCUGGCCCCUCAAACCCCCGACCUCCUCUACCCCGCUCACCAUGGCAGCUACCACCAAGCUCACAUCACCGUACCACACUACCAGCACUGACCCAAGUGAGCAACGAAGAUGGCCGAAGACUUGCUGCCAAACAGACGACUGACCUCAAUGGAGAGACACUGACCGGUGACGUGUCUGUAAAUGUGAAGCGUCGUUCAAAACUGAUCGAGGAGUGAACCUGAUGGACUGAUGUGACCGCCAAACAAUGACAGUGGAACCCAAACUGUAACACGCAGUGUUCAAAUGUAUUUAUUUUCCUUAUUUGCUAUUGUCUGACUGGUACCAGUGAUCUGUGUGUGUGUGUGUGUGUGUGUGUGUGUGACCUUACAUGACUAGAAUUAUACAACCAGUCUAUGUUUACAUCAGGCCAAAUGACCAACUUACUGUACGUUCAGAUGACUCAAUCGAUCAUUUUGUGAAUCGCUUCAUUUAGUGUCAUAUUACCUUGUGUUUGUGUGUGUGUGUGUGUACAUGUGGAAUAAUGCUCAGGAGCUUUUUUUUUUAUUGUUUUGACAAAUGUGAUUGUGGACAAACAGAAUGUAUCAUCAAGAUCCUGUACACUCAGAUGUACCAAAAAAGGAAUGUCUGGCUGUGGCCGAACGGGACUUGGAUGCAGCAGAGAUAUUUAUUAAAUGCGAUGCCAUUUGGGUGAGAGGUUGUUCUUCCUGCCUUUAUUCUGUAUCCUCUGUGUGGACAGCAGUGUGUGUGUGUGUGUGUGUGUGUGUGUGUGUGUGAAUGUGUGAAGUAUGCACUGAUAACAUUGGGACGUGGAAAAAAAAUUCACUUUCAUUCAGUCUCUCUAGAUGGCACUGUUUACUUGUGAGGAAGACAAAGUUACAAUAGCUAAAGUUUUAGCUUAAGCAAAGAGAUAAUCACUUCUGUGUGGGCAUACGUAUUUAUAUUAUUAUGUUGUGUUUUGUUUUUGAACACAGCUGAGGCUUUUAUGUCAUGUUUUUCUUUUUUUGUUUGUUUAAAUUUCAUGUUUGCCAUCAUUGGUGGUCAAAGUUCAUGACCUAUGUUUUGGAAAUUUUAAAACUGGGGCAUGGAGUUAUAAUAAAGUGAUUAAAAAAUGGUUAUGUUGUGUUUAUUCAGGGUAAAGUUGUCAACAUGUGGGAGAUACUCGCCGGGAAAUGAGAAUUAAUUGAUGCACAUUCGUGUGUGUGUGUGUGUGUAACUGAGUCACAUGAAGUUUUACAGGCACUUCAGUUCAG